UAGCAAGGUUACGUCGGGUGUUGUUAAAUCUUUGUCUUGAGGUCUCUAGAGUUGACGGUGUACACGAGGCAGACUGUAAGAUGGAUAGGUACGAGUUAAGUAAGAGCCGUAGAGCCUUGAUUCUUUGUGACAUGAAGAGACGUGGAGCCGAACACGAUGUUCAACGGAUGGAAGUGCUCUUCAAAAGGAAUGGCUUUCGUCACACGGCGGUUAACGCCCUUAAUCAAAAAGAGGUGAUGACUGCAUUCAGGACAUUUAGAGACGAACUGCCAUGCGAUGUCAGUUGCCUCAUGGUCGUGAUCAUGUGUCAUGGUCGAUUAGGACACAUCUCUGUGUCUAAUGGGGAGGAGAUAGAGCUGGAGGAAAUCUACCAGAUGUUUAACAACCGCCUGUGUCCAGCCCUCUGCGAGAAACCAAAGCUCUUCGUUGUGCAAGCCUGUAGGGGAGUGAAGGAGCAUCCCAAACACCCUUACAUGGAUGGAAGUAAACAAUCUGGUCCUUCGACGUCAAAGUUGCUUCCCACAGAGUCUGACAUCAUGGUUGUGUAUGCCGUGUGUCCAGAAAAACUGGCGAUUAGACACCAGGACUAUGGAUGCCCACUGUUUGUGGAGAUGGAGAAGGUGUUUGUGGACUUUUCGACUUCCCGCCACAUGUACGAGCUCUUUACUAAGGUCAACGGAAGUCUGGACAGAAGAGUUGAAAAGCAAGGAUUCACAUUUGAUAGGGAGGCACCACGUAGAGAAGCCAAAAAAGACCAACUGACACGCCUUGAUCCAGCAAUUGUGAGUGACAUAGGACGCUCUCUUCAUAUCGUGAGCUCUCUGACCAAAAAGUGGUACCUUUGAAAGAGAGUGAAAGCUCCAGUGAGGAAAACAUGAGAAUAAUAGAUGGAGAGAGAGAUCACAGGAGAGAUAAAUAUGAGGACUAUGAGUACAGUGACAAAUAGAAAUGCUGAAUGUCUCGGGUCAAUAAAGUGCAUUGACCCAUUUGAUUUGACCAGUGGCAGGAUUGUGAAAUAUAUUUACAAAGUGUCAAAGUUCAGGAAGGUCCCGCCCUGUUUCGUUCAAUUUGCUUCUGUUUAGUUCCUAGGGAAAACAACAAGCUUGGUAACAUUUAUGGUUUUUCAAUCAAUAUCUUAUGACAAUUUCUCUCAAAUUCCUAUGUUCUGUAUAAUAUACUCUUGUCAGAUCAGGACACUUUCAUAAUUAGUAGUUUUUUCUUUACUAAAUUAAUUAGAUACUGAAUUAGAUAAACUCUCAGAAAUGCAUUUUUUUGUUUGUGCAGUCUUAAUUUAUCAUUCAUCACUUUUAUUCAUAAUUUGUAUGUCAUUUUUCACUUAAUCAAGUAAUCUUUAAUGUGAUCUCACUACAGGAUUGUAGUAGAGUAUAUAUUGUUUUCAUAUCUUAAGGGGUCAUUUGACAGUGAAUUUAUUUUAUAUUCUUAACCAGAAAGUUGAUUGUUUUGCAAUAAAAUAUUUUAGUUAGAGAGUUUUAUUUUUCAGUAGAUUUGUUAUGUGUUCUAUAUUUAUUUGUAGCAUAUUCUAUAUCUGGUCCAAGUCCACUGACAAAGAAAUUGCAAGAAAAGUAACACCUACCUGUUAUCUUCUGUAAUCAGAGCAAUUCUUGAAUCCUCCAGGAAGUUCCAAGGUUGUUGUUGUUUUUAUAUACAGUACCAGUCCAAAGU